AUGAAGUCAUCCUCCGUUUUCUUCGCGCUCUUCUCCCUGAUCACCGUUGCAGUCGCAGAGAAAGUAUGCACACCAAGUUUCGACUACUGCUCAGCUGAGCUCAUUAGCAAGAAGGGAUUCACGGAAGAUGAUCUCAAGACCGUGCUGAAUGGAACGGAAUUUGAGAAGGAAGACCUGAAAAACAUUCUUUUCCAUUGCACAAAUCCUGGUAUUGUCGGUCAUCCAAAGCUCUGCAGUAGUGGAUGCAAGGGUACGGAGCAGGAGGGUAGCCACAGUUGUUAG